AUGAGCGCAAACGGCUCGAUCGACGAGAAGAAGGCGGUGGACGUGCACAUCGCCGUCGCGGAAAAGGAGGUCGACACCGCCGCGCAGCUCGCCGCGGGCCUGGAGGACCUUACGCCAGAGGAGUCGGAUCGGAUCAGGAGGAAGAUCGACUGGCACAUCCUCCCCCUCAUGUGCGUCCUUUACUGGAUCCAGUUCAUGGACAAGACGACCCUCGGCAGCUCUGCUAUUCUUGGUAUCAGAACUGCGACGCAUUUGACGACGAACCAAUACAACUGGCUUGGCACGAUCUUCUACCUCAGCUACCUCGUCUUCGAGUACCCGCAGAACCUUGCCCUGCAGCGCUUCCCCGUUGGAAAAUGGAUGAGCAUUAACAUCUUCGUGUGGGGCAUCGCGCUCUGCUCCCACGCGGCGUGCAAGAACUUUGGCGGCCUCUUCACGGUUCGCCUGAUCCUCGGCGCGUGCGAGGGCUCGAUUACCGCCGGAUUCCUCAUCGUCAGCUCUAUGUUCUACACGCGCAAGGAGCAGACGCUGCGUGUCGGGUACUGGUUCCUGAUGAACGGCACGGCACAAAUCAUCUCGGGAUUCCUGAGCUUCGGGACGCUGCACAUCAAGACGGAGAAGUUCGAGCCGUGGCAGUGGCUGAUGGUCAUCACCGGCCUGCUCACCCUCAUCUGCGCCGUCUGCUACUGGUUCCUCUUCCCGGACUCCCCCACGACUGCCUGGUUCCUCACUCCCGCCGAGCGCGCGAUGGCCGUCAAGCGCAUCCAGGAGAACCAGACCGGCGUCGAGAACAAGCACUUCAAGAUGGACCAGUUCUACGAGGCGCUCACGGACCCCAAGACGUGGCUGUUCGCGCUCUUCUCCGCGCUCGAUAACGUCCCGAACUCGCUCACGAACCAGCGCUCGAUCAUCGUCUCCGGCUUCGGCUUCACGAACCUGCAGACGACGCUCCUCGGCUGCGUCGACGGCGUGAUCGAGAUCGUGACGAUCUUCACGGGCGUGCGCCUCGCCGCGCGCAUCCCGAACUCGCGCGCGUACGUCGGCGCGGUGUACUUCCUCCCGAACAUCCUCGGCGUGCUGCUCAUCAACUUCCUCCCCUGGGAGAACAAGGUCGGCCUCCUCUUCGCGCAGUGGCUCACCGGCGUCGGCACCACCGGCUUCGUCCUCUCCCUCUCCUGGCUCUCCUCGACCACAGCGGGGCACACGAAGCGCGUGACGACGAACGCGAUCAUGCUCAUCGCGUACUGCAUCGGGAACGCGGCCGCGCCGUUCAUGUGGCAGGCCAAGUACUCGCCCAGGAACCACGUGCCGUGGACGAUCAUCGGGAUCUGCUACCUCAUCUGCCCGAACCUCCUCCUCCUCAUCCGCUUCAUCCUCCACCGCGAGAACAAGAGGCGCGACGCGGAGGGUCCGGACGAGAAGUGGGAGGACGUGUACAUCGAGGUCGUGCUCCCCGACGGGACCAAGGCCGAGCGCAAGGUCGACAAGGAAUUCAUGGACUUGACGGACCGGCAGAACCGGGACUUCCGCUACGUGCUGUGA